AUGGGGGCUCCCUCACGUCUAUUAGCCCUCUUGCUGUAUACUCUUCAUUUCUUACCCCUCGUCCUCGCAACGGGCAUCCAAUAUUGUCGCGAUGAGCUACCGCUCUGCUUCGGCGUCGCCAGUACCAAGAACGAGACAGCUGGAGGCCAUGACAUCCAUCUCUCUCUGGUCGCCACCCCAUCCAAAAAUGGCGGUUGGGUUGCUGUUGGCAUUGGAAAAAAGAUGGCGGGUUCGCUGAUAUUCGUGAUGUAUUCGGACCAAGAUCGAACGUCACCCGUAACGAGCAUCCGCACGGUCGAAAGCCACACCAACCCGACGGUAUUAACAGAUCAUGCGACGUAUGUGGAAGUGCUCAAUAGCUCUAUCUCCGCCACGAGCUACCACGCACAUUUUGUAUGUUACUCCUGUGAGCUGUGGUGGCAGACACCCAUCGUAACGAAGGGCAAAACGCCCUUUAUCUAUUCCGCAAACCGAGACCAAACCUUUGACCCCCCAGAGACCGACUCAGUUUUAAUGAUGCACGAUUAUUACGGCGUUGUGGAAGGUGACAUGGAUGAAGCGCUUCUCUCCGACGCAGACGAGUACACCCCAGCCAUCAGGCCCGGAGAAACUACGGGGUUUGUCAUGUUAAACGAAAAUGGACACGCGAAUCUUAACCCCAAGGCUGGGUCUCUCCUUUCAUCAUCCUGGCUGUCACCGGCAGCAGUCCAUGGGGUUGUCAUGAGUGUUGCCUUCAUGGGCCUUUUUAUGCUGGGUGGGAUCCUCAUCCAAUUGCCUCUAGCCCGCGCGUUCAAAUACCACUGGGCCAUUCAAAUCGGUGCCUUACUGCUUGCCCUCGGCAGUGCCACUUACAUGACAAUCAGAUCGACACACUUUGACCUGCAUAAGAUUCUCGGUCUCACUGUAGUCAGCGCUUUAGCAAUUCAGGCGGUGGUGGGCUACAAGCAUCAUACGGUUUUCAUCCAGAUUCACCAGCAGUCUGUUUUUACCUCCAUACACAGGUGGCUCGGUCGCGGUCUCUUGCUUCUAGGAACCGUGAAUGUUGCAUUGGGUCUCUACCAUAGAGGACGCCCUACAGGAGCGAUAGUCGCUUGGUUCGUCAUCUGGCUUACUGAGGUUGCCGGGUAUGUAUGGAUCCUACGACGAAAGAACCGACACCAGAGGCAACAAAGGGGGCACAUGGUGCCAAAGAGCGAACAUGAUACUGAGCUAUUUGGUCUUGCUGGGGAUAACUCGGAUGACUCUGAAGACUCUGAUUUUGAGGAAGAGGUGUGA